CACGGCCCCUCGCACCCUGCCGUUUCGCCUCUGCAGUCUCGUGCCCCGCACACCUUGGCGGGAACCGGCGGGGGCGUGGCCUGGCCUCAGGAGCUCGCUUUUGCUCCCCUCCUGGGGCCUCGCCCGGGAGCCUCGAGCUAAGGGGGUUCGCGGCCACCCCACGCCCGGGUGGGGAGCGCGGUGGCCGAGGCCGGCCUGAGGCUCGCGGGCGCAGCCCGCCUCCCAGGAGGCGCGCCGGACGCUGUCCGAUCAGGCUCCUGAGCGUGGAGCUGGCGUGAAACCACAAGGGGGGGCCUCGCGCCAUUUUGCAUGUCCUGAGGCGGGUGCUGGAGGCCGAGGCGAACUCGCCCUCCAGAAGUGGGGAGCCUGGGGUCCGUUCAGGAGCUGCACUCUGUGGUCGUGGCCUCCCUCCCGGAGGUGCAGGGGGACAGGAAGGCGGACGUGCCCGGGUGCUCGGAGCAAGGCAGGCCAGGGGCCGCAGAGCGGGAUGUGGCAUUCCAGUACACACUUGUGUUCCCCUGAAUGGCCCAGAGCCAGUCCCCUGGGUCCCAGUGAGAGGAGGCAAAGGAAAAACCACACCAGCAAACUGCAGGAGCUGGCAUUGCUGCUACCCAUGGCCCUGAAGAAGGGUACCAAGAAGCUCACCAAGAAGGAGACUCUCCUGCACGUCCUGCACUACAUUCAGUACCUCCAGAAAAACAUCGAUGUGGCCAAGGCCUUGCUCAAAUUCCACACCGCCAGUGGGGAAGGCAGACUUGGGGGGCUGGCUCGGAACCCGGCUGUGGGCCCAGCAAAGCUGAGACGCUCCACCCCUUCGCGCUCCCCACACUGGAGGAAGUCCCGUCUUCAGGGAGGCUGCCGGAAACCUCGGAAGAAGAAACUGACCGGAUCGUCAGAACGCCAGACCCGGGCCCAGAAGCCUCGCCGCUGCCUGGCCCUGGACAAGCCCGAGAAGUGGGUAACCCCAUCCCCAGACCAGCAAGGAGGAAAUGUGGGGAGGACCACCACUCCUUCAAGAUGCACCACCUCCAGCAGUCACCCCAAAGCUGCAUCAGCCCUGCCUCAAGAUGACAGAAAGGGAGGAAGGUCCCGGCUGACGUUGCUGGACAUGGCUGAGAACAGCAUCCACUGUGACAUCUCAAGCUGCUGUUGCAGAGUCAGUGCCCAGGGUAAUGGGCCCUACCUUGCCUUCAAGGCCCAACAAGGGGCCGAGGGGAUCCAUUUUCUCAACAGGACACAGCCCUGUCCCAGACAGAAGAUGGUGUUCUACGAUUCCAGCGAGGAAGUGGACAAGGAGUCCCCAGAUGCUGACCCUUGGCUUCCUGCCUGGACCCCAGAGGGCAGCCCCCAUGGGAGCUCGCUGGCCUUGGGGCCUCCCCAGGUUAACAGCUGGGCUGUGACAGGCCACCCGAGUGAGAUCCUCGGGCUCAGCCCCUCCCUCUUCAGCUCCCCAGGAAACACGCUGCCAGAACAGAUCCUGGAGGACGGUACUGAGUACCUGAUGCAAGGUCUCUUUGAAGAAGUGUUCCUAGAUCCUGAGUCUCCACUCCCCGAUGGCUUGCUUGAGGUGCCACAGAACAAGGAGACACCCUCUGAGGCUCCCAAGGACCCCCCCAACUCCCACAGCCUGUGCCAGUCCUCUGUCUCACUGGACCACUGCUACCUGUCGCUGAGCGAGAACAGCAAGGCGCCAUCCAGCUCCAGCUCUGAGAACACGGAUGAAGAGUCAGUGUGGAGGCAGCCAGAGGACGAUGAGGCCGACCCCGAGCGCCUGCAGUCCUCCAGCGAUGAGGACGGAGACUACACAUGGACCCCCACCAGGCGGGCCGCGACCCAGCCCUCUGCCGGGAGAAAGGCCAGGAAGGGCCGGGCGGGCAAAGGCCAGGUGGGCAGGGGCCAGGUGAAGCCCAAGGAGAACAAGAAACCCCCCUGCCCUACCCAGAUGAAGAAAAAGUGUGUCAAUGGCUUCAUCAUGUUCUGCAGGAUGAACCGGAAACAGUACAUCCGAGCCUGCCCUGGGACCGCAUCCACGGCUGCCACCAAGGAGCUGGCCCAACUGUGGCGGGUGAUGACCCAGCAGGAGCGCAGACCAUACUGCGUCAGAGCGCGCAGGUUCAGCCUCCAGCACAACCGGAUCGUGAAGCAGGACAGCUCCAGCAGCGAGGACGAAGACUGGGGGACCCCCAAGCCCUUCUACCAGCUGCUGGCUGAGAAGGCCCGCUCUUCCUCAGAUCUGGCUUCUCUGCUGCCCCCUCACAACUGAGAGGGUAACCCUGCCUCGCCUCUCCUCUCCUCCCCACCCCCCCACCCCCCCCCCCCAUCUCACAGCUCCUGCAGCUAUGGAUGGUUUGCAAUGAGGAGCCAGGACAAAGAGGUUGUCCCCUCCUGGGCCUCAACCCUCCUUGAGCAGGUCCCUUGGCCAGUUCCUGUGCGGCUGGGAGGGGGCGUAUUUAUUGACCCUGAUGCUUUAUGAGUUUGCCUCCUUGUACUAGGGCGGCCUGAACUGUGCCUGCCCGCAGUCCACUGCCCUUCCCUCACCCCCUUUCUAGCCAGUAUAUCCUGGGAGCUGCAGGGUGGGAGGAAGCCCUGAAUGAAAUGCAGUAAGGUAAAGUCUACACGGAGGGUCUCGCCCUGCCCUUCCUUUGCCCACCCCAGAAUCCAAUGGUUUCAACCCCAUUCAUUCUUGCCUCACCCCACACCUCCCUCCCCUGUUCUAUUUAUAGACUAUUUAUUGUUCUCCACAAAAUAAAGUGGAACCCUUGUUACCAGCAAGAAAGACAAGGGAGGCUCCUUUGGCCCCCUGGCUUCCUCAACGCUGGGUGGGAGGUGCUCC